AUGAAAUCAAACUUCAAGUUCUCGAAUCUUUUGGGAACAGUUUACCGACAGGGAAAUAUUGUAUUUUCGGAGGAUGGAACCCAACUUUUAUCACCAGUGGGUAACAGAGUCUCUGUAUUUGACCUAGUCAACAAUAAGUCUUUCACAUUUGAAUACGAACACAGAAAAAAUAUACGCGCAUUGGAUUUGAAUCCACAAGGGACACUUCUAAUUUCCAUCGAUGAAGAUGGUAGAGCCAUUCUGGUAAAUUAUAAGUCAAGAAAUGUUUUGCACCACUUUAAUUUCAAGGAGCGCUGCUAUAGUGUAAAAUUCAGUCCAGAUGGUAAAAUGUUUGCACUAGCGACGGGGAGGUUUCUACAAAUCUGGAAAACUCCCAAUGCUACUCAGGAUCGCCAGUUUGCGCCAUUUGUCCGUCAUCGCAUCCAGGCGGGGCAUUUCCAGGACAUUGUCUCUUUAACGUGGUCGCGAGACUCAAGAUUCGUUUUGACUACAUCGAAGGAUCUCACUGCCAGAAUAUGGUCCGUUCAAUCAGAAGACAAAGAUUUAGCAUCAAUGACGUUCGCUGGCCAUAGAGACUACGUUAUGGGUGCGUUUUUCAGUGGUGAUCAAGAGACUAUCUACACAGUAAGUAAAGAUGGUGCCCUUUUCAGAUGGGAAUAUACUGUAAAAGAAGAUGAAGACGAAGAAGAUUUAUCGAAAUAUAGUUGGAGAAUUGCAGAAAAGAAUUUUUUCCACACAAAUCAAUCCACGGUCAAAUGCGUUACUUUCCAUCCUAAAUCCAAUCUCCUUAUAGUUGGGUUUUCCACCGGUGACUUUCGUCUUUAUGAAUUACCCAGCUUCACGUUAGUUCAACAGUUAUCAAUGGGACAAAAUCCUAUCAACACGGUAACAAUAAAUUCAUCUGGAGAGUGGCUAGCGUUUGGAUCAUCUCAAUUAGGUCAACUUCUCGUGUAUGAAUGGCAGUCAGAAUCAUACAUCUUAAAGCAACAGGGCCAUUUUGACUCAAUGAAUAGUUUAGCUUAUUCCCCUGAUGGAUCUUUGAUAGUUACAGCUGCAGACGACGGUAAAAUUAAAGUCUGGGAUGUUGUGGCAGGAUUUUGCCUUGUCACUUUAGAGGGCCAUACUUCUUCAGUUACCGCUAUUCAAUUCGCAAAAAAAGGACAAGUAUUAUUCUCUUCAUCUUUGGAUGGUACAGUUAGAGCUUGGGAUUUAAUAAGGUAUCGUAAUUUUAGGGUAUUUGCCGCAGCCGAGAGAAUUCAAUUUAGCUCUCUUGCAGUUGAUCCUUCUGGAGAGGUUGUAUGUGCAGGUUCAAAUGAUAGCUUUGAAAUCCAUGUCUGGUCAGUACAAACAGGUCAACUGUUAGAUACUCUUUCGGGCCACGAAGGCCCCGUAUCAUGUCUUUCAUUCAGCCAAGAAAAUAGUAUUUUAGCAUCCGCGUCAUGGGAUAAAACCAUUAGAAUUUGGUCUAUAUUUGGGAGGUCACAAAUGGUUGAACCAAUUGAAGUUUACUCCGAUGUAUUAGCCUUGGCAAUAAGACCAGAUGGGAAGCAGGUUUCAGUUUCGACAUUGAAGGGUCAAAUUUCAAUUUUCGAUAUUGAAAAUGGUAAGCAAGUGGGGAAUAUCGAUUGUAGAGCCGACAUCAUAUCCGGUAGACAUCUAGAAGAUAGAUUCACUUCAAAAAACUCAGAAAGAUCCAAAUAUUUCACUUCCAUACACUACAGUUUCGAUGGCCUGGCUAUUGUUGCUGGAGGAAAUAAUAAUUCAAUCUGCCUCUACGAUAUAUUCAAUGAAGUCCUAUUGAAGAGGUUUAUCGUUUCCAGGAAUAUGACACUAAAUGGUACUAUGGAAUUUUUAAAUAGCAGUAGACUUACUGAAGCAGGCUCUCUCGAUUUGAUUGAUGAUACAGGUGAAAACUCAGAUGUUGAGGAUCGUAUCGAUAACUCUGUUCCAGGUUCUAAAGCGGGUGGGGAUGCGUCAACGAGAAGAACAAGACCAGAAGUCAGAGUAACGUCAAUACGGUUUUCCCCGACGGCAAAUGCCUUUGCUGCUGCAUCUACUGAGGGUCUUUUAGUCUAUGCUGUCGAUGAAGCAUUUACUUUCGAUCCAUUUGACUUAGAUAUAGAUGUUACACCUCAGACCACUAUAGACGCUCUUAAAGAAAGAGAAUAUCUAAAUGCAUUUGUUAUGGCUUUUAGAUUGAAUGAAGAAUACUUGAUACACAAAGUUUAUGAGGCUAUACCGAUCUCAGAAAUUCAGCUCGUCAGCAGCAGUCUGCCCGUGAUUUAUGUUCCUCGUAUUCUGAAAUUUAUUGGCGAUUUUGCGAUUGAUUCCCAACAUAUUGAAUUCAAUUUAAUUUGGAUAAAAGCUCUUCUCUCUGCUCAUGGCACUUACAUGAAUUCUCACAAACAUAUAUUUACAUCCGCCACAAGAUCUAUCCAGAGAUUCAUCGGUAGAGUUGCUAAAGAUCUUGUAACGGUAUCUUCUGACAACAAAUACACGUAUAGAUUCCUAAUGACCACAGAUGGUACUGCCGCUGAUAUGCAGGAUGGUGUGCAAGAAGAUCAAAUGUCUGUUGAUGGUCUUGAUAGUGAGAAUGACCAAGUGGCAGACUCAGACGAAUAUAUGUCCGCUGUGUCAGAUGAAGAGGAAUGGACCGAAUUCGAAAAAAAGAAGAACAAGCUCUCUCUUCAAAACCCAGAAGUAGCUGAGUCGGAUGAUGAAGAGCUCAUAUAG